CCCAGAUAAUGCCUGUGCCUUUCAAUGCACCAUUGAACACACUGCCCCCUUCUCCUCUCAGCUAUUGCCCAGGGAGCUUUUGCACCUCACUAGCCUCUAUUACAUCACGCUCUUCACCUUCUCUUUGGCCCUUGUUCACUUCCUCUCCGAGGUCUUCAUUUACCACACUGCAGCCUUGACAAUUGGAAUUAUGGCACCCCUCAUGGUAGCAAGUUUCUCUAUCUUGGGGAUGUUGAUUGGGCUGCAGUACCUGGAGGUAGAAGCACUGCCACAAAACAAGAAGAAAAACUGA